UCGCAAGGAAACCAAGGCGGCGGACGCGGACAAAAUCAGGGAUGGGGCCGAGGGCGAGGUAAUGGUGGUCGCGAAGGAAAUGGGAGGGGAAAUGGAGGUGGUAAUUCCACAGGAGGAGGAAAUGGGGACUGGAAUGCGUCAGGAAGGUGGAAGAGGCUUUGGCAGAGGAAGGAUAGAUUGGAGGAAUGCCAUUUGCUGGCAUUGUGGGCAGAAAGGCCAUGCCAUCAAGUUCUGCCAUGUCCGGCGAAAUGACGAAGACGAAGGUUUAAUCAGCACCAACUAUAAUCGGGACAUGUACAACAAAUUUGGGUACUACCUUGACCCAAAGACCCCUGGCGGAACAAGGAAGGAGGCCCUACGAAGAGUCGAGGCCGGCGCACCACCCGCUCCUCCGGCUAUGUUCCGGAUGUGGCAAGAGAAAGAGGUCCGCUGCGACAUUAAGGUAGAGGAAGUAGGAGAGAAUGAGGAAGUGGAGCAAGGAAGGAAAGCCGGCACAAUCAGGGAAGAGCCGAUCAUAGUGGAAUCGGAUGACAAGAUAGAGGAGGACUGUUGGAAUAAGCCACGACAUGCAAAGAUAGGGGAAGACUGCUGGAGGGAAGCCCGACAGACAAUGGAGAGAAUGGAGGACUUAGUGGCUAAAGUCGGGAGGUACCAGCAGAAACUGACCGAGAUGUGUGAAAAGGUUGAGGAGUGGAGAGGUAAGGAGUCAUUGGUGUACCUCUAUGAUAUGGGUCCAGGAUCACAAGGUGGAUCUGGAAGCUUACCAGGCAUCACGAUUUCAGGAACGGCGCCUCGAUCCGGCAUGGCUUAUAGGCCACCCUCAAGGACGGGGAGAGUACCACAUGCUGUCAGGACAAGGGCCAAGGGGCCAGUGAGCCCCGAGGAGCCGGCAAAGGAUGUUCAUGAGCCCAGUGGGGAGAAAAAGAUGGUAGAUGUUCCAGAGGGAGAGGAUGAUGAAGACAACAGAUUGAGAAAAGAAGAGGACGAAAAGGCCGAGACUUUGAGGUGGGUACAGGAUUUGCAACGCUUGAACGCUGUGACGGUGAGGGACGCAGGUGGUCUCCCCAACGAUGAUGCGCUUUCGGAAGCCUACGCUGGGAGAGCCAUAAUAUCUCUCAUAGACUUGUAUUCAGGUUACGACCAGUUUCUUGUAUACCCAUCCGACAGGCCUAUGACAGCUAUGCAUAUCCCUCGAGGGUUGAUCCAUAUGAACGUCGCACCGCAAGGGUGGACAAAUGCGGUUGCAAAGGUCCAGAGGCACAUGGUAAGGGCAAUGCAGCCCAUAAGUCCUUACAUUACGCAGCCGUAUAUUGAUGAUCUGGCCGUGAAGGGGCCUAAGGAGAAGGAUGAGCAGGAGGUGAUGCCGGGAAUCAGGCGCUUUGUCUGGGAUCAUGUGCAAGACUUGUGCAAGGUCCUGGACCUUCUGAAGGAGUAUAACCUCACUGUCAGUGGGCCAAAGUCGAGGCACUGCAUGAGCGGAGCCACUAUCUUAAGAUAUGUGUGCGACGAGAGGGGUCGUCGGCCAGAUACUAAGAAGAUCAACAAGAUUCUUGAAUGGCCAACCCCGUUCGAGACUAUCACAGAGUUGGAGCGAAUUCCAGGGAACAAGAAUAGAGCAAAUGGGCUGAGUCGAGUCGACUGGGACAAGAACAGCCAAGGAGUGAUUGAGGACACUCCACCAGUGGACGGAUUCCUGGACAGUGAGGGGGAUGUGAGACUUCACAUCAACUCCUGGUCGUUAGCCGUGGGUAACUAUGUUACUCCAGGGCGACCUGUGUGGCUUGCGCCACCAGGACACGUACGACGACCAAACCUAGUCCUUAAACCCUAUGUUGAAGAAGACUCUUGGGGAAUGCCAGACGUGGAUUGGAUGAUGGACCUGGCUUUAGCAAGCAAGUACCAAUUACAUGAGGACUUGCUCACGAUUGAGGAUGGGGCGUUGCAGGUGGACAAGCACGAGAAAGUGAUAGGUGGGGUGUAUCUGCUGGCAAAUGCGCUGCUUCAGGAAGAGGUGGUCAGGAAUACGGUGCAAGAUCAGGAAGAGGGUGAUAAUGUGGUCCACGAGAGGGAAGAUGAUGACUUUGAAGAAGGAGAGAUUAAGGAAGCAUUUCGGGCAGAGGAAUAUGGAGUAUACCUUGAACUCGGAAUGCGUCUUUCAUGUGAAAUGAGGGAACGAGACGCUUGCGCAAGAGUUUUAAAGAUGAGGUCAAACUUUCUAGUUAGGGAUGACCAUCUGUUUAUGAGAAGCAAAGGGAUGACUCCCAGAAGAGUAGUUUGCGGCGUCGCUCGCCAGAUUGACGUUAUGGCAGCACUGCAUGACGGUACGGCAGGGGGCCACAGGAGCACGGACACGACAUAUCUCAAGAUACACGAACUAUACUAUUGGGAUGGCAUGAGACAGAUGAUCGAUGAUUACUGUAAAUCCUGUGUACCAUGCCAGGAGCGAUCCUCUCUUCGACCUAGGGAGCCGCUUCACCCAAGACCCAAUCAGUGGUCGAAUUUUCUAAGGGUCGCUUUCUUCGUGGAUAAUAUUACUGUCAGGAGAAGCACCAGCUACGCGCCGGCCACGUUAUGGUAUGGCAGGCAUGCCACGUUCCCUAUUGAAAGCUUCCUAAAGACCUGGAGGCGGCAGGACCUCGAGACUAAUCUGACGUUUGAAGAACUGCUUGACUUAAGAGCACGUCAGACUGGCGCUAUAGAGGAUAAAAUUGAGGGAGCAGCAAGUAGGGUGGCGGACAACCGUACCAAGGACAAGUUCAGGUGGGAUAAGAUGGCAAGGGUAAGGAAAGAGCCUCUCAAGGUGGGAGACAUUGUGCUGCUGUACGACUCAUCCCUGGAGAAGCAGUGGUCACGGAAGUUAGACAAGAGGUGGUUGGGACCGUACAGGGUUACCAGGUGUGGUGAGCAUGGAGCCUACCAGAUUGAGGAGUUGAAUGGGACGACAUGGAAGGACUGGGUGUCAGGCUCGAGGCUGAAGAAGUUUGUGGCUCGAGACGAGGAUUUUGAGAGAAAGAUGGAGGGUUUGCACCCGUCGCCAGUGGGGAGAGAUGGACAACCCAUUCGGUUUGACUCCAAUAAUUUGGGGGAAUUCCUAUGGGCCUACGACCGAUAUGCGGAUGAGCUGGAUAUUUCAGGAGAGCAGAGGAUGGGGAGCUUCCUUCUGUACGUGAGACGACAUAUCAGGUCGUUUGUCAGAUCUAUCGUGGCACCAGCCAUGAAUUGGGGACAUUGCAAAAAGUUGUUGUGGAACUACUAUACUCCGGGGCGCCAGGCAAGUGGAAGAGGGAGUCUGGAAAAGAGAAGGAGGGAACCAGAGGCGGCUGAAAGAGGGACUUUUGAGCAGGGCAUAUCUUCGGGGACUCAGAGGGAGGACAGGAGGAAGGAGCACAGAUCCCAUAAGCAUGAGAGAGCAGGAGGGUCAGGUGGUCCUGGGGUGCCUCCAAAGCCUGCUCAAAGGGAGGUGGAUUGUCCUAUGCCAGACAUAGAGCCAGACGUGCCUCGUAAGCCACAUGUGCAGGAGCAAAAGGAGGAGCCGACUGCCCAGGAGAAGGAACUGGACAGGAAAGAGAGAGCGGCGAGAGAGCAGGAAAUCAGGGUUCAGCUCAGGAUGAAGAACCUUGCAGAGUUGCAUGAGAGGAUGCAACAGGGAAAAGAGCCUGAGGUGGUGGAGGACAAAAGUGGUAAAGGUACUUGCACUCAGGAGGAGGACCUUCCCCUAUUUUCAGAGGUCUGGGUCAGCCUUGACAAAUUGAUGGAUGUUGCAGGGAGGUCUGGAGGGCAUCACCAGGAGAUGGGGGUCAAGUUAGUCUCUACAGACCUACUCAACCUGAGGGGCAUGAUGAAGGAAGGCUUCGCGGCAGCCAGAGCUUCGGAUCAGAAGGUCGGAGAGAGAUUGACGAAGGUGGCUCAAAAGGUAUAUGGCCAGAGGGUGGAAUGGGAAAGAGAGAUUGAAAACUUGAAGAAGGAAUUGGGAAGACAGAGCAAAGAGGUGGAGGCAGUUAAAGCAGAUAUGGAGAAGGUUUGGGCAGAAAAUGAGGUCGUUAGGCAAGUCAACCAGACCCUCAAUAAGGUCAAUGACGUCCUAAGGGUCUACUUACGGGCGCAACAAGUUUCCUUCAAGGCGAAGGAAGCAGAAUGGGAGAGGAGGAUACAAGACCUCGAGACCAAGUAUGCACGGCAGACCCCAACUGCAGUGGUGGAUUGGACGGAGGUCCAAGGAUUUGAGGUCAGGGAACAACCUGCAGAAGAAGCCUUCAUAUGCCAGAAGGAAGAAAAAAAGGCGGACCAGCAGGAGGGCGAGGAGAUUCCCCUGAUAGAUAAAGAGAUGUUGGAGCCGCGAGGAGAACUAGCUGUGAGAAGCUCAGAGGUAGGAGGAUUUGAGUGGAGGAUGCCGACUGGCCUAACACUUGGACAGGAGCCGGCGAUGCCAGAAGAGAGGCCACCAGCAGAGGUCGUGGGAGCUGAAGAGGAUCCACCUACGACUCAGGGAGAGGUCGUGGGGCAACAAGAAGGUCAUGAGAGCGUGGGCCAGACCAUGGUUGAGACUGAGCCGAGAGUGGAUUUGAAGGAACGUCAGGACUCGGCUGUACCUCAGGAUAUGCCUCUGGUGGCAGGUUUGCGGGACACAUUGGGAUCUUGGGCCACUGGUUCGGGGCCAGAGGGACGUGUCGGCGAGCAGGUGAUGCAAGCAGAGGACAGAGCAACAUGCCCCACUUCCCCAGAGGUCCCACAACAAGAGGUCACGAGUAAGAUCUCAACGGUCCCGUCAUCAAUACCUUUGUAGGAAGGAGACAAAACGCCCCAGAAGAAGAUUGGCAAAUGCUUCUACUGCAAUAAGGGCAAGCAUCGAUCUGAUGACUGCCCCAAGAGCCUCAAGGACGAG